AUGGUGCGCAUCUCAGUGCUGGGGGACGCCCUCAAGACCAUGUACAACGCCGAGAAGCGCGGCAAGAGGCAGGUGCUGAUCCGCCCUGCCAGCAAGGUGGUCAUCAAGUUCCUGCAGCUCAUGCAGAAGCACGGCUACAUCAGCGAGUUCGAGUUCGUGGACGACCACCGCGCGGGCAAGAUAGUGGUGGAGCUCAACGGCAGGCUCAACAAGUGCGGUGUUAUCUCCCCGCGCUACGACAUCAGCCACACUGAGACCGAGGACUGGGUGGCGCGCCUGCUGCCCUCGCGUCUUUUCGGCGUCAUCGUGCUCACCACCUCCGCGGGCAUUCUGGACCACGAGACUGCCCGUUCCAAGGGCGUCGGUGGCAAGGUUCUGGGCUUCUUCUACUAG